AUCUUUCACCUUUACUUCCGAUCAUGAACGGCAAUAACGAGGAAAAAAUUCCGGUGGAGAAUCACGGCGGAGGAGAAGAUAUUAAACCACCGGAAAAUAAAAAAUGGCGAUUUAAUUCUCCUUUUGUUCAAGUGAGCUUAAUGGGAUUCGUCUGUUUCUGUUGUCCAGGAAUGUUCAACGCUCUCUCCGGCAUGGGAGGCGGUGGUCAAGUAGAUCCCACCGCCGCUAACAACGCUAACACCGCCGUUUACUCCGCUUUCACCGUUUUCGGCCUUUUAGGCGGCGGGUUUUACAACGUCCUCGGUCCACGCCUCACGUUAGCCGCUGGAUGUUCGACUUACGUACUCUACGCCGGAUCUUUCCUCUACUACAACCAUCACCACCACCAAGCUUUCGCGAUAGUCGCCGGAGCUUUACUCGGUUGCGGCGCGGGACUUCUCUGGGCUGGAGAAGGAGCUGUGAUGACGUCAUAUCCACCGCCGCAUCGGAAAGGUACUUACAUCGCUUUGUUCUGGAGUAUCUUCAAUCUCGGCGGCGUAAUCGGUGGAUUAAUCCCGUUUAUCCUAAAUUACCACCGUAGCUCCGCCGCAUCGGUCAACGACUCGACGUAUAUCGCGUUCAUGUGUUUCAUGUUCGCAGGCGUUCUCCUCUCUUUCGGAAUCCUCCCGGCGACCUCAGUGAUCCGUAACGACGGAUCUAGAUGCUCUGCUGUGAAAUACUCCCGUCCGUCAACAGAAGCAGCGGCCGUGCUACGGCUAUUCCUCGAUCGGAAAAUGCUCCUCAUUGUCCCCGCGGCUUGGGCUAGCAACUUCUUCUAUAGCUAUCAAUUCAACAAUGUGAAUGGACUUCUCUUUAACUUAAGAACCAGAGGAUUCAACAAUGUUUUCUACUGGGGAGCUCAAAUGGCUGGAUCCAUUGCCAUUGGUUACGUGAUGGACUUCAGCUUCAAAAGCCGGAGAGCGAGAGGAUUUGCCGGAAUAUCUUUAGUCGCGGUGAUCGGAACCAUUAUUUGGGCGGGAGGGUUAGCGAAUCAGCACGGUUACUCGUUGAACAAUCUACCGGAAAAGAAACUUGAUUUCAAAGAUUCCGGGAUAGAAUUUGCGGGACCUUUCGUGUUAUAUAUGAGCUAUGGAUUGUUAGAUGCAAUGUAUCAGAGUAUGGUGUAUUGGUUGAUAGGAGCAUUGGCUGAUGAUUCGCAGACUUUGAGUAGAUAUAGUGGAUUCUACAAAGGAGUGCAGAGUGCAGGAGCUGCAGUGGCUUGGCAAGUGGAUACUCGUAAGGUUCCGUUAAUGUCACAGCUUAUUGUUAAUUGGUCACUUACUACUGUAAGUUAUCCGUUACUUGUUCUUCUUGUGCAUUUUUAUGUUAAGAAUGAUAAUGAUGAUGAUAGUAAUGAUAAGGUUUAGAUAGUAGUUUAUUAGAACAUUCAGUAAGUUUACGUUUUUAAUACAAUGAUUUUCCGAAAUGAAAGUAACAGUUACAUAGAGAAACAAAGAUUUGAGGCUGUGAAAUGAAUGUCUCUAUUCUUUAUGGUAAUUGAGAGACUAUCUGGGUUUCUCAUAAAGUAGUGUCCUUUAU